GGUAGUCUCCCGGCGAGGGAGCUUCGAGGAUGGCGGCGUCGGCGGCACUGAUCCUGCGGGAGAGCCCCAGCAUGAAAAAAGCAGUGUCGCUGAUAAAUGCAAUAGAUAUAGGAAGAUUUCCAAGAUUGCUCAUCCGAAUUCUUCAGAAACUUCACCUGAAGGCUGAGAACAGUUUUAGUGAAGAAGAGGAAGAAAAACUUCAAGCUGCAUUUUCUCUAGAGAAACAAGAUCUUCACCUAGUUCUUGAAACAAUAUCAUUCAUUUUAGAACAGGCAGUAUAUUACAACGUGAAGCCAGCAGCUUUGCAGCAGCAGUUAGAGAAUGUUCACCUUAAACAAGACAAAGCAGAAGCAUUUGUCAAUGCUUGGUCUUCCAUGGGUCAAGAAACAGUUGAAAAAUUCAGACAGAGGACUCUUGCUCCCCAAAAGCUGGAGACAGUCGGAUGGCAGCUUAACCUUCAGAUGGCUCAUUCUGCUCAAGCAAAACUGAAAUCUCCUCAAGCUGUGUUACAGCUAGGAGUGAGCAAUGAAGAUUCAACGAGUCUGGAAAAAGUUCUUGUGGAAUUCAGUCACAAGGAGCUGUUUGAUUUCUAUAACAAGCUAGAGACCAUACAGGCACAGUUGGAUUCCCUUACGUGAUGCUCCUGAAGACUGCUUUCUCCAGCACACUCCUACCACCUCCUUAUUUUACUUUGAAGAUAGACUGCCAGGUUGUGUUUUCUGAAAGAUUCAGUAGUUUUCUUCUUGUAAAUUAUAUGGUUUAUCACUUCUUAGACAAAUAAUAGCUAAUAGAAAUGAUUUCCUGAGGACUGAGGUUCUAGUAUACAUUCUCUAGUUCCAUGAGCCAACAGCAAGCAAUUGUUAAGAGCAGUUUUGCUUUCAGAAAAACCAAAAGUGAAUACCAUAUUGUUUUUACUGUCCUAUUUUUGCUUUAUUGCCUAACAAAUUUUUUUGUUUUGUUUUUUUACCUAUUUGAUGACACCUAUAGAAUCCAUGAGUACAAGGUAUAAUGUGUACCUUAGAAUACAGAACUUCAAUGAUUACAUAAUAAAAGUAAGAAAGCAGCCACAUGCAAUCACAUACAGAAUUUUUCCUUGGAUAUAAUGAGUAUAUUUUGCUUUGGAAAUAAUAUAAGACAGCAAUUAAAAAUAGAGUUAGUAGUAUAUCAAAUAAUUCUAGUGUGGGCUUCUCUGUGCACUUUUAUUUUUUCUCUGAGUUUAAUGAUUUAAUAACAGUCCUGGUUUUUGUAUGCUUUUCUUUGUACUGAAGAUGAAUGAUUCACUUCAUAGUAUGGGAGAUGGAUUCAGAUUAUGAAUAAAAAGAAUUGUAAUGAAUGCUAAAUGGGUAUCCUUAAAAUUUCAAAAUAUAACUUUUUCAUUCUCUUUCUGUAUAUAUGUCAAUUAAUUUCAGUCAAUAAAAUUUGGUCUUAGAAUUAGCACAAUACUUUAUGCUAUGAAUAUACAUAAAUAUGAAUGUGUUUGCCUGUAAAGAUAAUAUCAAUUAGAUUUUUAUAAAUCAGAUAUUUCUUCUAUAUUGUUUUCAGAGGGACAGGGAGGGAAGGAGGAAAGGAGAGAAAGAGAGAAAGAGAUUGAUUCCAACAUGACUUUUCUUCACAUUAAGGAAUUUGAUUUCAGAAAUGUCCUAAACAAACAGAUCCAUUGAUGUUAAAUAUCAUUCUUUAUAUUAGAUAUCCAAGUGAUAUCAGUGUUAAAUGUCUCCCAAGUAAAUGGUCAACAUAUAGACUCCAUCCCCUUAUUUAUAAGUGUGUUCUAUAUUGUCACUUAGAAGGAUUGGGAGUUUGGAUUGUUUCAUAAAGUAAAUGUUAUAGUUACUGUCUGUAGUUGAUCAAUAUAAAAAGUUUUUAAACUCAAACUUCCAUUGACAGGAUAUUUGGAAGACAUAUUUAUAAUAUAAUGAGAUUUGUUUCCAUAUGUGUCUUGUGGGAUCUGUCUUAUUUUCUAUUCUCUGCUCUGCCAGACUCCAGAGGGAACUAUCUACUAUAAACAUUUUGAUAAAUAUUCUUUCAGACUUCUUAUGUACAAAUAAACAUAUAUCCUCUCAAGUUGAAUUUGUUAAGCCUUCCUGACCAUAUAGAUAAGUAGAAGUUGUCAUUGGUUUAACAGACAACUUAACUCCCAAUGUAGGUUUCUAAAUUAAAUGUGACGAUUCAAACUGAAUUUUGAACUUAUUUCUAAUAACAGCUCAGUUUAAGCCCUCUGAAAGAGCUGGUUUUAUAUUCGCUAAGAGUAUAUCUAAACCUGUACAAAAAUGUGGGAAAUAGUUUUCUGUCCAUUUGUCUAGUUCAGAAAGGUCUGAUCAGUGGCAUUAAAGAAAGGACAAGUAGAAGGUCUAAUUCCAACUAAGGAUGUAAUUUUUCUGGAAAUAUAUUUAAUUGCAGGUCAUUUCAUUCCUGGAGGCACCAUUGUUGUUUUGAUAUACAAAUCAAAGAAAAUAUCAUUAAAAAAAAGUAUUACAUGUAUGUUACUUUUUAAUAGAAAUCAAAAUGGGUAGAAGGACAAAU